AUGGCAUCAAUCAGGCGCUUGACCGUCCUCUGCCUGGCCACCCUCACCACGCCCUCAUCGGCAACCUCUAUCCCCAAUACACCCGUAAAUGAAUUCGGCCCCAGCAAGGCCGCCGCACGGCACAACGCCUUCGACAUCUUCAACGCGAUCCACUCAGCCAUGCGCCAAUGGGGCUCCUCCCUCAACCACAACGGCAUGUCCCUCUUCGUCGUCACCGUCCCCCCCGGCGGCAUGGAGUUGGCUGGGGUGGUGGGGAGGCCGGAUCCGGAUGGGGUUGGGGGGGUUGGCGGGGUGUGGGAUGUGGAUGCGAGGAGGGGGGUUAUGUUUGGGUAUGUGGGGGCUGAGGUUGUGAAGGCGAGGGCGGGUGGUGAGGGGAGGGUGGUGGACUGGCAGGGGGUGGUGGAUUUGAUCGUGGAUCGGUAUGCGGACCGGUUGAGGUAUAUGGCCGAGGGGGUCGAGUCCGUCGUGUGGAUGCGGAGUGCGGUGAAUGGGUUGCUCAACACGCACAUCGACUACUCGGUGGAGGAUGAGGGAUACCAGGCUGCUCUUGAACGCUGUGCUCAGUUUUACACGAGGGUUGUCGUCCCGGACACGCAGGAGGACCACCUGAUCCUGGCGGCCGUCGAGACUGUCACUCACAGCAUCUGCUCAACCCUGUUUGCAGUCCGAAAAUUGGUCGUUGAAGACGUCCAUGCGGACGAGGGUUCGAUGGUUGCCUCCAAGCAGGCUUUACGGGCGUUGACGACCAAGCUGAAGUGGACCAAGUGGAAGGAGUGCGCGGCCUGCAAGGUGGAUGAAGUCUGCUUUGUGCCCAUGUGGCCGUUCGGGGACAAGGCGUCAUAUGAGCGGCCGAACUGCCGGAACGCAACGUCUCUUGACAACGGGUGGUGGGACUCGGACACUCAGUACUGGCACCCUAUACCGAAGAUGAUGCCACCGCCAGAUUACGAGACCUGAUCUGAUAGUAUCGUAUGGAUUUCUCGACAUCCUACAGAUUUCUACCAAUGUAUGCUCAGUGGUUCCCUUACAGAUUGACUCUCCAUCUUCAAGCCGCCCGUGCAGGCAAAGGGGUGUCAAGGCAACGGGCAGAUAAAAGAGGGGAGGGUUACACUCAGCAGAGCGGAAGAGCAAAAAUGCGUCAGCCGCGAAUCGAACGCGGGGCCCAUCGAUGGCAACGAUGGAUUUUACCACUAAACCACUGACGCUUGAAAUUGCGC